AAAACUCAAAUUUUUCUUCGAAUAUGACAAAGUUGAGUUUUUCAUUUUUUCUAAUAUAUGGACAAAAAUUUUGAGUUUUUUUCUACUCUCCUAAGCGCCAAGAAUUUUUUUCCGUUUUUUUAUGAAAAAAUGCUGCGUUUGGCUUUCCAGGAAUUUCAGGUGUUUUCAAGUUUAUUGCUCCAAAAGAGUUUCGCUGCUUUUGCAAUUUUUUGAUGAUUUUUAUUUUGAUAUAUUUUUUGUCUCGUUGAAACGGUUUUUUAUGUCCAUGAAUGUCUGGUAAUAAAGUUUAUUCGCUCACAAUAUUUCGAUAUUUGAUUAGUCGAAUGUCGUCGAAUUUUGUAACUUGCCAAUGUGAAACUAUGAGGCCACAAGCCUGUUCGAAGCUUCAAGGAUUAACGCUACGUUAAAUGUUUGUUUAAUUAUUUCGAAAGUUAGUAUCGUUGGAUUGUUUUUUCAGUUGCACCGAAUGAAGGUUUGAUUACAGAAACUCCGACAGCCAUGAAAUAUUGGACGAGGCUACAUGGUAUCGAGAAAAUCUUUCGUCAACCGUGAUGUGGUUUCAAGGAAAACGCUGUCAAAACUCCAAAGUUGGGCAAUUCGUCGGCUCGAAGCUCAAAAAGCAACGUCGGUUGAAAAUUUUGACGAAAAUGAUUGGAAAAAUUGUUUUUUUCUCAUUCGUUUGGCAGUGAUCAGAAAAUAUUUUCUUUUUUCUUCUCCUAGGCAAAAAGUCAAAAGUGUUUUUUCAGUCCAGAAAGUUCGAAGUGUCGAACCAUUCGAGCCUCUUAUUUUUCGAACGGUUCAAAUCGUUCUUUUCGUAUAAAAAAAAAAAUAAAAAUAUUUUAGUACGAAUGGGACUAAAAUGAGGCAAAUAUUUGGAACUUUCGUCCAGUAGCAGCAACUUUCAUCGUGUCUCGUAGAUGGAAAAAAAUAUAACGAAUCCAUAGCGACGAUAAGAAUAAAGGGUUACGGAAUAUUUGAAUGGAAAAAUGGCAGAAGCAGAAACUUUUUCCAUAUAACCGCGACUUUUCAGAGGUUAAGAAUCGGUCCAAAUUUCAAGUGCCCUAGUUUGCGCCACCAAAAAAUACGCUCAUGUCAAAGGAAUACGUUAAGCUCGAAGAGGUCGCUAUCGAAGAUCGAAGGGGAAACAAAAAAAUGCAUCAAAAAAAUAGAUCGGCUUGUAGUAAUCACUGAGCCACUAUAAUUGUUUAAUUAUUAAAGAAAUACAUUUUGGAAUUUAUCGAAAACAGGUGAAAAACAGAUUCGCUACCGCGACUCUAGAUAUACAGAAAUUGUGAGAAAGUCGUCAAUUGUGAGAGUGAAAGAAAUCAAUGAAAAAGAUGGUUCCAUUUUGUGAGGAGCAACAAACAAUGUCAAACGAAGUAUCUUUGCAAGCUUUUCCCUAUUGGAUUUAAACAAGUUCCAGAGAGCUUUGGAGAGCUGGGAAAAAAAUUUGAAUCCUCUAAUUUGUUCAAAAGAGCAUAAAACCUUCUAAAACAAUGUUGGGGGCCUAGAGAGCACCGGAGUGGCGAUAAGUUAGAGGGAACCAGGCCGAAGGAUGAUGCACUACGGUUCGUGGCUGCAGCAGGGGGCAAUGCUGGACAACCAGCGUUACUACAAUCGUUACAUGGACGAAAGAACGUUGUACGAGACGCGAGGUGAUGUACCUGAGGAGGUGGACAGCGAGCAGACCGGAGACGAGACCCAGGAGACGAUGACGUCGGCGACGUCGUGCGAACGGAGCACGAGCGCGGACAUAUUUAGGCUGGAGUUUGCAGCGGCGCAGUGGUCCAAAUUGGUUUCAAACGCGGAGGGCUUGUUCAACAAAUUGAUGGUGAACAAUGUUUUGCCAGACUGCGAGCAGGACCAGAUCGAAGAGUGGCUUUGCCUGAAGCAGGAGUACGAGGAGUGCAUAGGAAGCGACGAAACUGUGAGUCUCCAGGGCUACCAAGAGACGGCGAGAAGAUCGUUGGAGAUAAUCGAAGAAGUCACGGAAACUGAUGAAAAAACUGACGAGUCGAGAAACGGAGGAGGCAAAUUCGGUCGGGAGGCCUCUGGGGACUCGCCGGAGAGUGAAAUUUCUGAAGAGGAUGAUCUCGAGGAGGACCUGGAGGAGGAAGAGGAGGAAAAAAGCGACGCCGAGAACUCGGACUUCCAGGAGAAGCUCGACGAGCUCAUGAACCGCUUCAAACUCGAAACUGACGAAUUGAUAAACGCCCAGUCCUACGAAUUCGAGGCUUCGCAAAUGGCCGAGCCAAAAAUCAUGACCGAAUUCAACAGCAAUUUGAACAACAACAACGAUUACGUGCCAAUCGUCAAGCCAAUACCGAUUCGGAAUCCUAACACGAGGAGAAACUCCAUGCUGCCGGGAUCCGAGAUGUGCAACGAGGUGAUGACCUUCAACAGUGGAUUCCGACCCUGCCGGAAUCGAAACGACCUCGAAAUCAACCACGAAAUCCUCCGGGAGGCACGGGCCGCUUUGGAAGUCGUCCCCGAACCGAUAAAAACCUUGAAAACACUCACGGCCAAUAACGAAGCGAAACAAUCGUUGGUCAACAAAAUCCAAACGGAUCUGGAGAUCGCCCAGCGCCAGAUUAUCGAGCUCCAAGCGACGAUUCGCUCCAAGGAACGGCUCAUCGAAGACAUGAACAAAAAUUCUGACGUCCGGAGCUGCGUGAAGGAGAAAUUUCAACGGAAACGUAGCAAACUCCAGGAAGAGUAUUUCAACACCCGGAGCCAGUUGGCCCAGGCCGAAAAUUCUUCGGCUUACGAGGACGGCGAGCAGUCCGAAGCCGGCCGACGCGAAGUUCAGCGGUACAAGGCAAUGGCGAUAAACUACGAAAAGCGGCUCGUCGACAUCGAAAUGAUGAGACAGAUCGCCGGGGAUUCCGCCAAAAAAGUCCUCGAGCUCGAAUCCUCGUUGAAUUCGUCGAAAAAACAAAUGGAGAAGCUCAAACGCCAAUUGAAGAAGGAAGAGGACCGGAAACGCCAACUGGAACACGAGUUGUCCGAGGAUCAGAAGAGGAUCCGAGAGUUGGAGGAAAAAUACAACCUGACGGCGUCGAAACUCCGGGAAAUUCAACAAUCCGAGUCCGAGGACGAGAGACACUCGGCCUUCAAGCUCGACGAUCCCAAGACUUCGGAGCGCAAGCUCGACGAGCCGAGGAACGCGGAUGCCAAGCCCGAGGACGAGAGGAAUUUGAGUGCGAGGCUCGAGGACGUGAAUUGCGACGAAAAGAAGAAUCUUUUGGAGGUGAGCGCGAGAAUAUCCCACUUGGAUCAAGUGCUUAAGGAAAAAUCGAUGAAUUUGGAGCGGAUGACGGAUACGGACGAGCGGGAAGCGCUGCGCCACGAAAUUCGAAAUCUCCGACGAACCCGAGAGUGCCUGAUCGAGGAAAAAUGUGGUUUGGAUGAAAAGUUGCAGAAGGAACGGACUUUGAGCACUUUGGAGGAGAGAAAACUGUUGGAAUGUGGCGAAACGAUCGAGGCGAUUGACGCGAUGAUCGAGCACAAAAACGAGAUGAUUUGCGGCAGGAAAAACUUGGACGUCAAGCAAGCGCAGCGUGAAAACAGCGAGCGGAUGUUGAGCCAGUUGGAGAAGCUUUCGGACUCCGAGAUGCGCACCCUUUUCGACAAAUAUUUCUGGAAAGUCAUCGACCUCAAGCAAAGUUCGAAGAACCUUGAGAUUCAGUCCGCCGAAUUGGAGCGUCACGUUGAGCUCCAGGACAAACGAAUACGGAGUUUGACCGAAGCUCUCCAGUGUAUUAAAAUCGAGGCUGAGCGCCGGCUCGUCGAGUUGCAGCACAAACACGAGGAGCAUUUGCACCACAUUUUCCGUCACAUGACCGACGAAAACAGCGCCGGCACCGGCUACGAUCUCAUCGAUCGCAAUCUCGAACUUGCUCGCUUCAAACGCGAAAACAAAACCCUCCGACGCCGCUUGGCCGAGUUCGAAGCUCUCCUCAAGUUACCCCAUCCCAACAACCCGACAACGACCCGCAAAAACUUCACCAGCCCACCGAGAAUCGUGCCGCAGGAAUUGAGAAAAAUCGCUCCCAAGACCAAAGUCACGAGGGAGGGCAAUAAACUUAUAAUACAAAAGGAAUAAUUCGCAAUCGAUUGCUCAGUCACAAUCUCGCUAGAGAUCAAAGCGAAUCUACAUUUUUUCCAAAGGCUUUUAUCGAUUAUCGAAUUGAUCGAAUUGGAAGCAAUCGACUACCGACGGAAAAGUGAUUCCUUAACUCGCAUCUCUAUCCCUUGCGUUCACCAUUUAUAUUGGAAUGUUUCUGAAGUUGCUCAAAGUAGAAAAAAACUGCUCAAGUGAUCUUCCCUUUACUCAUAACUUCGGUCUGUCAACAAAUGAAUUACGCGAAAUUCCACACGUUCGAUUAGUCAGUUAAUAAAAAUGUGAUAAUCUUAGUGAACUCAGUUUAAUUGCAGACGCGCAAAAACUUUGGAAGCUGAACUUUUGAGUUUUUGCAACUGAAGAGAGAAAUAAAAAUAUUGUUAAUCCGCACGACUCGCGUGCACGGUAAUCAAACAAUUCAGUAUUCAACUUCCACUUAUUUCUGCAAAAAUCAAACUGCUGUAGAGAAUCUUUAAUUUUUAAUACUCUUUUUUGAAUAACAUGGAAAAAGUCAAUUUUUUAUUCUCCUUUACUCCAAACUAUUUUAUAGUAUUUCAACGUUUUAUUUAUUGUCAUUUUUGUAAAUAAAUAUGUCGAUUACGUAACCAAAAGUGUUUAUCGUCCAAAACAUAAUCAAAAAGUGAAUAAAAACUUUUUCGAAAA